ACUUCUCUAUAAACACAAAAAAUUUGUAGGGCUUUAAGGUAAAUGCUGUAUAUAUCUCGGGGAGCAUUUUGCAGUAGUCAGUAGAAUCCAACUCCAGAAGGGAAGCUGAAGCCAUGCGCUGCUUAUACUUCCAUCCCGUCUCAACUCUCAGAAGCACUAUAAUUUCUCUUAUCAGAAACUGCUCCAAUAUCGAUUCAUUGCAACAAAUUCAUGCCCAAAUGAUCCGAAGCGGCCUCAUCAAUGACAUCUUCUUGGUGAGCCGGAUUAUGGCUUUUGUAACUUCUCCAUCUCAAUCCUAUAUGAGCUAUGCUUUUUGUUUUUUUGAUGAAAUAUCCCACCCAAACCUCUUUAUUUGGAACUGCAUGAUCCGAGGCUACACGCACUGCAAUGCUUCUCAAGAUGCACUCCUUGUUUAUAAGCUAAUGCUGUCCAGAGGUUUCACUCCUGAUGAUCACACUUACACUGCCCUCACCAGAGCCUGCAUGCAAGUGAAUGCUCUGCAGACUGCCAGAGCCAUUCAUGGGCAGGUUCUUAGAUUCGGGUUUGAGUUGGACAUGUAUGUCAUGUCUGGAUUCAUUAGCCUAUAUUCAAACUUUGGGGAUAUAGUGAAUGCAAGGAAGAUUUUUGAUGAAAUGCCUGAGAAGGAUGUUGUCUCGUGGACAUCAGUGGUGUCUGGCUAUGCACAUUCUGGUCUUUGGGAUGAGGCCUUUCAUUUGCUUGAUGAGAUGAAAUCAGCAGGCCUGAAUCCAAAUAACAUUACAAUCAUAAGCCUGCUUUCUGCAUGCAGACAGCCAGGGGAUCUCAACAAAGGCGUUUGGAUUCACAAUUACAUUACUGAAACUAACAUGCCUUGUGACUUGGUUGUUGGUAAUUCUCUUGUGAAUAUGUAUGCAAAGUGUCGAAGCAUGUCAAGUGCUGUCAAAGUUUAUAAGGGUAUGGCAGUGAAGGAUACUGUGACUUGGAAUGUGUUGAUUGGGGGUUAUGUUCAGAAUGGACUCUGUGAAGAAGCCUUAACCAUGUUUCAUGACAUGAUGAACUCUGGUGCAGUGGUAGAUGAGAUAACAGUUGUAAGUGUGCUUUCUGCCACUGCUCAAUUAGGUGACCUCCAGCAGGGAAGACUUCUUCAUGCUUAUAUUGUGGAGCACCAGAUUACUUGUGAUAUCUUUGUUUCAAAUGCUUUGGUUAACAUGUAUGCCAAGUGCGGGGACCUAGAGAAAGCUGAAAAAAUCUUUGGUCAAAUGGAAAACAGGGAUGUUUUCUCUUGGACAGCUAUGAUAUCUGGGAAUGUCGACCAGAACUGUUUCAAGGAAGCCUUGGUACUCUUUCAAGCAAUGCUUCAUUCAAAUGUUGAACCAAAUGAAGUUACCCUGGUUUGUGUAUUAUCUGCCUGCGCACAGCUUGGGGCAUUGGAUCAUGGGAAGCAGAUUCAUUAUUACAUUGAAGAAAAUAAAAUUAGACAAGAUCGCUCCCUGGAGAAUGCUUUGUUGGAUAUGUAUGCUAAAUGUGGUUACUUGGAGGCUGCAUUUGAUAUAUUUCAUGCCAUGCCUCAGAAAGACAUUAUUUCAUGGAAUGCAAUGCUUGGUGGUCUUGCUGCUCAUGGUUAUGGAAAAGAAGCCAUUGAUCUCUUUAAUGAGAUGGAGAAGAAUGGAGAUGCUAAACCUGAUCUUGUGACUCUUAUAGCAGUUCUUUCAGCAUGUAGCCAUUCUGGCAUGAUUCUUGAAGGGUUAAGUUACUUCAAUUCCAUGACGAGCUCCUAUGAGAUUGUUCCAGACAUGGAACAUUAUGGGUGCAUGGUUGAUCUCUUAGGUCGAGCAGGUCGAAUAAAAGAAGCAAUUCAUUUUAUUAAACAGAUGCCUGCAAGUCCCAAUUCUGUGAUCUGGGGAUCACUUCUCUCUGCAUGCAGGGUACAUCAUAACAUUGAACUUGGAGAGAUAGUCACACAGCAAAUCAUCAAGUUUGCACCUAGUGAUGAGGGAGCACAUAUCCUGAUCUCUAACUUAUAUGCUGAAGCAGGUAGAUGGGAUGAUGUGAAAAGAGUGAGAGCUCUGAUGGGGAGCAAAGGUAUUGGGAAGUCCCCUGGAUGCAGUUCAAUUGAAUUGAAUGGUGUCGUUCAUGAGUUUUUUUGCAAGUGAUGAGCUUCUUCAUCGGAAUAAUCUCCAUUCAGUUCUUGAGGGCCUCACUCUUCAAAUGGGAGCAGAGCCUAUAGGCUUUGCUUAACCUGAUUAAGAAGUGCCUGAGUAUAGGAAACUACAAGCACGCUUUUGUUUGCAAUUCUUCCUCAAGAUACCAUUAUAUACCUGAGCCCUGAGGAAGAACCCAGUUUCCGAGGAACUCUAAUUUUGCCAUGCUCUCUGUUCAUGUUUAUAAGAGAAAGAAGCAGGAUGUUGUGAGUGUGGUUGAAGAUUAAUUGAAAUUCCACUGUCACACAUCUUCUAGUUGGAUAUAGUUUCUUUGUUAUCCACUUCAACCUGAAUGGGAUCCGUUGCAAGGAUAUCACGGAAUUCUCCAUCACAGACCUUCAAGGACAAAUACAAUGCUCCGGGUAUGUCAAUCUGCAUAGUCAAAUAACAUUUUUCUUUCCAUAACGCGUCUGGAAGGUCUGUUGCUUUGAAACUUGUUCCAUUGCUAUUAAAUAUCUUCUAGAGAUAUAGUUGAUUUAUGGUUAUUAUUGAGAAAUGAAUCAAAUGUCAAGACUUUUUCUGAAUGAAUAUUAGGAAUACCAA